AUGUCCAUCUCGAGUCUAAUAUUUACGCUCAAUUGUGGAAAGCGGCCACCUUUUGACGAUGAAUUUUAUGACAAGUUGUCGGAUUUACUAGAAGACACAGAUCUACCUCAGCUACUUGUAUUUGGAUUACAGGAGAUGACAUCCAUUUUGGAAGGCACCUCUCCAGAUACUAUACAAUCGAUUCUAAUGCAGAUUUCUGAACGUCUUGUCGAUACUAUCUCUGCAAGGUACGAUGUGCCGUUCAAUAUUGUGGCUGUUAACCAUUUUGGAAGCAUAGGAAUUAUACUGAUCUCCGCAUUCUUAUCGAAGUUUCAUAAAAUUGUCAAAUCUGUUGGUAUUCCGGUAGGACUUUUUUUCAGUUCGACAAAGGGAGCUACAGGGGUGAGGAUUCAAUAUGAAUGGGAACGAGGUAAGUACAGCGAACUGACGUUUGUAUCUCUACAUCUUAAUGCUGGGGAAGGCCCAGCUAAUAUUUCUCGAAGAUGCGAGGACUUACUGAGCAUUUGCCAGGGGAUGAGCUUUCCUGACGGGUAUGGAGUCUUGAAACCUCGAAGCCACUGCUUUUUGAUGGGAGAUUUCAAUUUUAGGGCCUUGAACAACUCGUUUGACUUCGCCCAGGAUGAAAAGAUACUGCUUAUUCAAAAGGAGAGAGGAAUAGUAUGUGAAUUUAGCGAGGCUCCUGUGACGUUUAGCCCUACAUAUAAAAUCCAAGUAGGUUCAACGAUUUAUAAUGCAGAGAGAAUACCUUCCUGGUGUGAUCGAAUCUUGUUUUUGGAUUAUAAAAGAGGUGAUACUUCGAGUUACGACUUUAAAGAGUACAAUUCGUUAGCCAGUAUGAAGAUUUCCGACCACGUUCCUGUUUAUUUGAAGGUAAAAAUGCCAUCCGAGCCUCCAGACUCUAUUAUCAACUCACGGGGCUUUUUAAUAGAUCGAAGUACAAAUUUGAGCGAUAAUGAGCUUCGCCUACUUCCGUCGAAGCUAUACGACUACUAUAGGGCCAUAGGAAAGGGGAAGACUACUGAUAGGAAUUACAGUGGCGAUAUACUUAAUCUAUAG